ACGCAGAGAGUAAUAUAAAACUGGAGGGCGUUUCCUUUCCCAAGAUUCUCAUCAAAAUUCUGCUCUGAUCGCGGCGGGCUGCGGCAGUAAGUCACUCAAGAGUUGCAGUGGAGAGAAAGGCAAGAGUCCAGCAAAGAAUGGUCCAGAGCUACAAACUGGUGGUUCUGGGAGAGGGUGGAGUAGGCAAAUCUGCUAUAACAAUUCAGUUCACUAGCAGUGUCUUUGCCGCAGACUACGAUCCUACUAUUGAGGAUGCGUAUCGAAUUGAUGCUGAUGUGGAUGGAGAAGUGGUGGGGCUGGAUAUCCUAGAUACUGCUGGUCAGGAGGUGUUCAGUGCAGUGAGGGAUCGUUACAUGAGAGACGGGGAGGGGUUCAUCCUCGUCUACUCACUGACUGAGCGAGCGACGUUUUCACCGAUGUCGAAGAUCAGCGAGCAGAUCAAGAGAGUGAAGGACACGGAUCAGCAUAUUCCAAUUGUAUUGGUAGGAAACAAGUCGGACAUGGAUGACAGGAGGGAAGUGUCAAACGGCGAAGGAGUCUUACUAUCCCAGCAGCUCCAGUGCCCCUUCUUCGAAACCUCUGCCAAGCUGCGCAUCAACAUCGACGAGUGUUUCCACGAGCUGGUCCGGGAGAUCAAGAGAUGUCAGGCAGAACAGAGCAAACUGGCGCAGGACUCUCCGUCGGGCAAAACCUGCUGCGUUCUACUCUGAUGCCAGCUGCUAGAGUCCUGAUCAUAGUCAAUAUUAUAAUCCUAGUUAACGAUGCUAUUGUAUUCCUCGCUGUGAUAUUUAUCACCGUUUUCUGUCUGUCAGUCUCUCUGUCACUUCAUGCUUUCCCACCGUAGAUUUAUCAGUCCACGCCACACAAAUCGUCGACGUUUACUCCCUUCUUUUAUUAUCUGCACCAUUUUACAUGAUUCCUCUGAUAACUGUAUCGUGUUAGGAUGUGUUUGUAGUUGUAUGCAUAGCUCUUUUUAUUCGCCUUUAUUUUUGCCAGAUAUCCGAAAAAUUUGUUAAAUUUUGCCCGUGGUUAUUUUUGCGUGAGCUGCUGCUGACUGAGCACUUUUGUCGUAGCGCGGGAAAAACAAACGAGUUUCGUGCGCCCGUCUCCCUGCUGCUGCAUCAUGAGUGCCGAGUUAAGCUACUUGCAGCUGAAGGCUGCCAACGACGCCCGGGAAGCAGAGGAGGUAAGAGUGGAGCAGAGGAAGCGAAAUCUGUUGGUGCUGAUCCUCCACCACCUCAGAGAGGAAGGGUUUCUUGAAUCGGCAGAAGCUCUUGUGAAAGAAAGUGGCAGUUCUAUAGCCAACUACCAAGUUUGUGAUAAUAUUGACCUUUCAACCAUCCUACAGGAAUAUGAAUCAUACUACUUUGUGAAGUUCAAGAAAACACCCAAGAUUAUCAGGAGAGCUACCUCUAGUGUCGGUGAGUCGAGAUCAGUAAAAAAGAGACUAGCAAGCACUAGAGUGCCGUCUCUUCCACCCAUUCAUCCGUGCAAUAGCUCUGAAACGCUCACCACUGGCCAAGAUGAGAGGAGGCAUCGAAGACCGUCUAGUGCAGAGAGGAAACGGAGUCGAAGAAAGGCCAAUGGAGCUGACUCUAAAUCUUCCCCGUGCGUCGUCUCUGUGUCGUCUGCCGAAGAACUGGGGCUAACGGGAUCGGCCAUAACUGAGACAAGGCGGGACAGAGCUUCGAACAGCAGAGUAAGCGUGAAAGGGCUUCUCCAACAAGCCAUUGCUGAUGCUACAUCGGAUAUUCCGGAUCCAGCGGAGCGUCUGUUGAAGCCGGUUGCCGGGUUUGCAGGCUAUAGCAGUGAGAUGAGAGAACUUGCAGCCGUCAUAUCCAGAGACAUUUACCUUCAGAACCCCAAUGUUCACUGGGACGACAUCAUCGGGUUAGAUGCUGCCAAACGCCUGGUCAAAGAAGCUGUGGUCUACCCUAUCAAGGUGUGCUAGUACACAUGUACUGUAUUCCAGGAAAAGUUUAUGAUUCCUAGAAACAUUUAGCAGAUUGAUUGCUCAGCCAUCGGCAAAAUCCGUUGCAAAAUCUAUCGCAGUUGCCACUAAUUUUCGAGUGUUUUACUAACGUUGUCAUCCUUAGCCAAAGUAAAAGAAUCUAUGUGUUAAUUAUUGGCGAGUGAAGCAAGCCCACCUAGUCGUCUGAAUUACGAACAUCGCAUACCCAGCGCUGUAAUUUGCUUGCCAUCAAUCUAUUGCUGUUUCUACAGUAUCCUCAGCUCUUCACUGGUAUUCUAGCUCCAUGGAAGGGACUUCUUCUCUACGGCCCGCCAGGUUCCUUGCAAAGCCUGUAUACGUACGCACGCAACACCAGCAUGCCGAUUGUUGCAGGAACUGGGAAGACCAUGCUGGCUAAGGCUGUGGCAACGGAAUGUAAAACAACCUUCUUCAACAUCUCUGCUUCUUCCAUUGUCAGUAAGUGGAGGGGAGACUCUGAGAAACUGGUCCGGGUAAGGAAUAUUACAGUCCAUCGGUGACCGAGUGAUGCGCCUGGGUAUGAGAAUAGGUUCUGUUUGAGCUGGCAAGAUUCCACGCUCCGUCAACUAUAUUCAUGGAUGAACUGGAGUCAAUUAUGGGACAAAGAGCAGGAGCACCUGGCUCAGAGCAUGAAGGGAGUCUAAGAAUGAAGACAGAGCUAUUGGUUCAGAUGGAUGGCCUGGCAAAGUCAGAGGACCUUGUCUUUGUAUUAGCUGCUUCUAACCUACCGUGGGAGCUGGACUAUGGCAUGCUGCGUCGUUUAGAGAAGAGGAUUCUUGUAGACUUGCCCGUCAAGUCUGCCCGCUCGGCAAUGUUUGCUCACCACCUCCCACAAACACUAUCUCAGCAUCCACUCCGCAUCACUACGCAGAUCGACUAUGACCAAGCUGCUGAGCUGACAGACGGUUAUUCUGGGUCGGAUAUUAGACUGGUGUGCAAAGAAGCAGUCAUGCGGUCGGUGAGAAAAGUGUUCAAUCGACUGGAGAGUCUCAGUGAGGGGAGUCCCGCUAGUGGGCUGGAGGGUGUGGUCAUUGAUCCUGUCACCAUGGACGACAUUGAGUCAACUGUGGCAAAUACCAAGCCUUCUGCUAGGCUGCUUGCCAGUCGAUACACUCAGUGGCAAAAAGAGUACGAGUCUGUGUAAAAGUUUUAUACACUCAAGUGGUAUAUAUGAGUCUGUGUAAAAGUUUUAUACACUCAAGUGGUAUAUAUGAGUCUGUGUAAAAUUUUUAUAC